AAGAUUCCUCGACUUUUGAAUACCUGUCCUAGAGGUAAGGAGUAUGAAAAUUAUAAUUAACGUUGUCACGUGAAAUUAUUCUCCCGCGUGCAGCGGGAUGCUUCGGGGUGGGCUGCAGGCAGACACAUCUUCGGCCUAUGGCCGAAGCUACGAGCGGCGACCGAAACCGUAAACGGCGAACCGCAAUGUUAAGUCUCGUAAACUGUUCAUUGUCCCCUGUUUUGCCGAAAGAUCGUCGGGAUCGAGCACCUACCCUUACAGGCGGCCAUCUUGGUUUCAAGUGUACCUGAUAAAGUCUGGGGGUGAGUUUCGAAUCUUAGGUGGGAGGGGACAGUUUCGAAGGAGGCUAUUUUUCUUGCCCCCUACUGCUAUUUACAUUUGAAACCAAGAUGGCCACCCGUAGCGGUAAGCUCCGAGGUGAACACUCUGUGUCCUACCCCGGGUAACAGAGUUUUUUCCUUAAUUCCUGACCUCUCGGAUUCAUGGUGUCAGUCUCAACGAUCUUAAAAAAAAGUAGGGGACAGUGAACUCUCUAAUUCUUUGGUGGCCAGGGUAUAUAGACGUAAAAUUCUGCAAAUCGCCAUUGUGGGCCAAAGGAAGGAAUGGAAUCCACCGCUAUCGUGAGUCAUUUUGUACGGUUUUUUUUGUUUUUGUUUUUUUUUCAUGUCUUUAGGGUUUGUAUGACAUUUUUUCCUUCAUUUAUCUAUACCUGGAGCUUUGAAAACCGGGUUAGCAAAAAAAAUCAACUCAUUCUACUACUUGGCAAUUUAAAACAAUGAAAAAUCAUUCAAAUGCCGAUUAAAAACCUUUAUCUGUGGUCCUUAGUGGCAUUUCACUGAGUCCAAAUUUAAAAUGACGCAAAUUUUAGAACAUUUAUUCAGUAAUCUGACGCCAUAAAGUUUCAUCCCGGUGUCAUUUCAAGUCUACAGUAACUUGCCUAAGAGGGUAAGUAAAAUAAUAUGCUACGUUUAUCUCACUGGUAAAGUACGGAAAUGCUUAAGCAAAGACUUCCUCCUAAACUUUCCAAUAUAAAAGUUUCACAGUUUAUUAGGGACGGACCAUUAGAAAAGUUAUGGGGGGGGGGAGGGGAAUUGUCGAGCCGCAGGAAUUUUUCUUCGUUAUCAAAUUCCUUGUAUGAAUUUUUUUUUAGGGUUAAUUGGCGUGCAAGAAUUUUUUUUCAUUUAAUUUUCCCUUGCGCGAAUUAUUUUUGGUACUUCUCCCCCCCCCCCCCCCCAUAAGAUUUCUAAUGGUCCGUCCCUUAGUUGAAAGUACCACAGAAAUAAUAAAAACAGGCUAAGACAGAGGAAGUUGUGGUAAAUUACAAAAUGUUUGCUAACCCGGUUUUCAUAAAUUCAGGUAGAUCUAUACAUUGAACAACCGAGUCCUUACAAACGAAAUUGCAAGCUGUUUUUUCCACUGUCCUCUUCGUUGGACUACUUGUUUUGCUUUGAUUGCUCUAGCAAUCUGUUAGUCGUUUUCUGAAUGGUGUUUGCAACAGUCAUUUUGUCUUUACUUUCUUUUUGAUCCUGACUUCGAUUCUGUCAAAUCUUUUAUUCCACAGCAUGCCGGCAGCUUUUCAAGAAAGCGCAGCUCCUAGGUUACACCACAGGACAGGUAAUCUUUUUAUAUCAGCUUGCACAGGAUCGGUACUUUGCUUAGUACAUUAGUGUGCCCGAUAGUUUCUAUAGAAAAUGCUCGAUUCCAAAGUUUUAGGUGUUUUGAGUUUAGAUCAACGAUUAUUAAAUUUUUUUAAAGCGCUCAAAGUUGAAAAAUGGUUUCAAAUCGCACGGCCAAAAUUCCAGGUUAGUUGACCAAUGACCAACCUCGUCCCCAGGGCUUUUCCCUUAAAUGGGUGGGGCGGGAAAAGGCCCUGGCAUCGGCUGGUCACGUGCACAGCCUAAAUAUUCCUGAGAAGCUAAUUUAUAUGCAACCCGCUGGUUUUGCGUUGACAGAAGUCGAACGGAGCACCAAUAGAAAAUAAUAAUAUCGCGAACUGUAUGUCAAUAUUUUCGCGUCUGUGCGAUUCAAAAGCUUAAGAUCCAUUUAAUUGUGUAUUAUUCAAAUGCUACAAGAACCGGCUCUACGUUGUCACGUACAAAAUAUGUCAAAUGCUUCAGAGUUGAGACAAGCUGUUAUCGAGUAGUACUUCGACUGAAAUUCAUCGUGACUGUGGACUGUACGAUCCGAGCAGAAAGUGAUUUUGUCCAAUGUCAAACAAAAAUGCGGGCCUUUGCCUCUAGGAUCUGCAGUGAAUUUAAACAAAUUGGACUUAAUUGAAAUAGAAUUGUUCAUCAAAAUACUUUAUGAUGGAGUCUGGUCUUCUCUACAACCCGACCAUGAAACAAACAAAUCUCCGCGCCGGAUGCAAGUCCGCCGUCCAGCCAGGAACGAUGACAGGUCGCCGAUCUGAAACAUUUUAAGAUCUCUUAUAUCUUUUCUCUUCCGAGGAUAAGUACAAAGGAUUUUCCUUAUAUCAAAGGGAAGAUUGACCGAUCGAUUGGAAUCAACUACAGCUCUGUCAAUUUUAAAUGGACCCAAGUCUUUCUUUGUUACCAGUCGUUUGAUACCCUAGGUGCCAGAAACUUUUCAUGCGCGGUUUCCGGUUUCGGUCAAGUCUCGCAGAGGUCAAUGAAUUUUUUUAAAAAAAGACAGGUCAUACAAGAUAAGUCUAAACCAACGCGUGACGCUAUGAUAUGGCUGAGAGUUAAGUUGAAUAGAACUAGGUUGUGUACGGCGGUCCACUUCGCAAGAAAUAAAAUAAAAUAUCAAAAGAGUCGAGAAAACGGAAUUUUGCAGUACAAACUUUAUGCAUUUACGAUAGCUUGUUUGUCAUUUAUAUCGCUCUAUAAAGGAAGUUUUACAAAUGUUACCGCUCGCUGUCCCCUUCAUAGAAAUCGGAGGAAAGCAAAAAAUUACCAUAGCCAGUAUCUGUGACAAAAAAGAAAUCUUGUAAAACUUUUCGUUAAUCGUCAAGAGAUAUAAAAGGCCGCCCAAGAUCGCGCGCUGUGAGGUUACGCAUAAUUUUAGCUUUUCACAUAGCGCUAAUUUAUUACACCCAGGAUUUUAGGGUGUACGAGGGGACACGCGACCAGCCGAUGCCAGGGCCUUUUCCCGCCCCACCCAUUUUUUAAGGGAAAGGCCCUGGGGACGAGGUUGGACCAAUGACCUGAAUAGCCUAAUUUUGUUUGAAUGGAAAAUCAUUCACUCAAAGCAAGUUUGGCGGAGAGUAAAAAAGACAAAUGUCGUGGAGGAUGAUAUUGCUUUGCUGGAACUCCAUUUUCACUUCCUUUCUUGCCUUCCCUACCCUAGUCUGCUACACAGCCCUUUUUAGUGUCGUCACGCAACGAGCGUUGCGUGACGACACUAAAAACGGCUGUGUAGCAGACUAUCCCUGCCCUUUAAUCGGCAUCAGAGUUAGCUAGACUUUGUGCACGUUUUUCUUAUGCUCUUAAGCAAGCCUUUCCUCCCCCUCCCCCGAAGUGAGUUUUGUGCCUUUGCUCCACUUUCCGGUGCGAAAGCUGGCUUUGUUUGGGGAGGGGGUGGGGAGGUUAGGAUGGGGAAGACUGGAGGGGUACGGAUUGUUUUGUCCUAUAAAGUGUAGCCCAUUUCAAGGGUCUCAACCAUUUUGUUGUUGACUGUUCCCAUCGAUAAGUCAUUGUAGUUAUGGCUUAACCAGAUUUUAGGCUAUUUUAAAGAUGUGGGUGAAUCGUUUUCUUCCAACCUUCCUUUUCUUAGACUCAGAGUAUUGUAAACGUUCGGCGGAAAUGGUUUGUCCAACCUGCUCUCACAAGCGAAUUUGUUCAUUAUUAUCACAGUAAGUAUAAUGUUAACAUUUUUUCACAUAGUUUAUUUAUAAUAAAGGGUGCGUCUUAUAGAGAGUCCAAGAAAAUGACUGAAGCACAGCAGGGACCAACCUCUUGGUGUCCGGUUUAGGGAGGUGUCUAUCUUGUAGAGGGUCAAAGAAAAUGAGUGGAGAACGGCAGGGACCAACUUUAGGUGUCCGGUUUAGGGAGGUGUCCGUCAUAUAGAGAGUUUCAAAGAAAAUGACUGAACAACGGCAGGAACCAACUGUCGGUGUCUGGUUUAGGGAGGUGUCCGUCUUUCAGAGGUGGCCUUUAAAGAAACGUUCACUGUGUUUCUGUAUCAGAUCGAAGUGCUCGAUUGAAAGAGAUGCAGGAAAGCCAAGAAGAACUUGAGUCAAACAACAAAAGGUUACAACAAGAGGAACAGGACUUGAGAGAGAAAUAUCACGAGGUUUGAAUUCUUACAUGUAGCUCGGUACAACCUCGGACAAAAACUGUUGAAGCCUAUUACAAAAUACCUAUUUUUUGCACUCGUCCUGACCAAAAAGCUUACCGUCGCAAAAUGAAAAACCGUUCCCCCCUUCCCCUAUUCCAAUUUUGUUUGUGGUAACACCAGAAUUACACACGUGAGCUUUUAGACCAAACCAACUUUGAACAGGGGGUGGGGAGAGGGCGACUUUGUUCCCGUUAGAAAUGAUCGUAGUAUGGCGCGAAAUUACAUGGAAAUACCUAAAGAGUUUUGUCCGGGGUUGUAGAAUGCGUGGUAGGCAUUUAAAAAUAGUGGGGAGUUGGAAAAUUUGGUGCGCGAGAAAGCCAAGGGCGCAUGCCUAGAGAGGCGGUCCUCGUAGUACACGUUACAAAUGGCCCCUCAUGAACGUGUGGUUUGUGGGGUCACCCUAUUCAGUAGAUACACAUUUGAUCUUUCUCUACUUAUAUUUAACAAUUAUUGGAUGAGGCUGAGUAUGAUCUGAAGAAUUAUGGAGAUCGAGCAUACCCUCCGAGGUCUACGUAAUUCUUCAGAUGAUACAAAAGCCGAAUUCAAUAAUUGUUUUAUUAUUCAUUCAAAAUAAUUCCUAGUUUACAAACAAGCUAAAAUAUGCUUACCACCAUCGAUGUUAAGUUCAUCUUCAAUUGCCUGUUUAUCGGCAAGUUUAGGAACAAAAGGGUUCUUCAGGACUGCAAACAUUCCCUUGGUCAAUUUGUGAAAUGUAGGCUUUGAGUUGAAUUCUUAAGUGCUCUAUACUGCCAAGUUUUAAACAAGAAAGAUUUGUCGUCUUGUGUUCACGUCCUCUAUAAAACCUCACAUUAAAAGGUUUCACUUCGUAGUCAUGCUGUGGAGAAGAAAUGUACCAAAGAACGUGCUGCAAGUGCAUAGCUGUUGUUCUUCUCGUUUAACCAAUGUAUUUUGACGUUCUCGUUGCCGUUGUCGUUAUGGUUGCAUAAACGCCUUAUUAAAAGCAAGACCGACUUUGCCGUAUCAAAAUAUUUCCAGCAGCUUUCACUUUUAUGACUGCCUUACAGUACGACAACUGUAACCGGGGCCACUUAGACAAAGUUGACCAAUCGGAUUACAGAAAAAUAACAAUACAUUCCAAGCAGGUUGGUCGUUGGCCAAUCAGCAACUCGUAAAAAAACAAUAAGUUACUCGAAGCACAAAAUUUAAUAUUGAUGGCAAGCGUUUUUCAGGAAAGCAGAAUGUUUCACCAGACAAUGUUUUUCUAUUCGAAACUUUGCACACAACACCCAGGAGAACUAGUUCUUUGGCACAAGUUGUUAUUUUGUCAUGUACCAGAAAUUUCUUCGCUCCUGUUGCCGCGCUUUGCAAUAACAUGCGACCGCACGUCAAAAAUAUAACUACCGUUUACGAUUUUCGCCCCCGUCACUCACUCUAACGGACCUCUUGGGAAACACGUGCUUUCUUCAGCGGGUUUACAGGGUCAUGUCUGCAGGUUGUAAUUGGUUAAUUUCGAUCCAUGUCGUUAAUUUUGUUUCGUGGUAAUUAUGAUUGACAACUAACUUUCUAGGAAUAAAUUGUUAUUUUCCUGUAAUCCGAUUGGUCAACUUUUUCUGGGUGGCCCCGGUUAUAGUAGUCGCACUUUAAGGUUCUAUCCACAUAACAGCAAUGUUGUACAGCAAAACAAACGUUUCAGGUCACUCCCGGGAUCGAUGGUAUAAACUGAGCUACUAAUAAGCACUAUUGAAACGAGAAAGGAUCUGGAGCCGAAAUGUGUCCCGCAAUUGUUUCUGGGAUCGUUACUGUGCACGCGCCAGUAACAUGCCCAGAAGUCUUUGCGAAAGUUUACUCGACCCAGUUCCCCUCUCGUUUCUAACUUGGCGAAAUCGAUGGUAUAAAAGCACUAUUGAAACGAGAAAGAAUCUGGAGCCGAAAUGUGUCCCACAAUUGUUUCUGGGAUCGUUACUGGGCACGCGCCAGUAACAUGCCCAGAAGUCUUUGCGAAAGUUUACUCGGCCCAGUUCCCCUCUCGUUUUUAACGUGGCGAAUAACCAAAACACUUGCCUCCUACUAUCCAUUGAAAUGUUCUGUUUUAUUUGUGUUUAUCAUCUCUAUCAGUUGACUGAAACUAUUCAGCUAUUGGCAGAAGACAUCCUUGAAAGGAGACAAGAAACGACACGGCUUCACCGCUGCUUGUGUAAGCUGGCGGGCAAGGUAACUAACGUCUUCUUUCGUCUUUAUGAAUUACAGUCAACUCUCUGCAUACCCUGCGAACAGAGUCUCCUUCGAUCUUCCUAGAUAAGUCGGGAAGACGCUUCCUCUUUCCCGACUUAUCUAGGAAAGAUCGAAGUGACUCUGCUAGCAGGGUACUCUCUGCAAGAAGGACAUCUUAAGGACCAGCACUAAGUGUCUCUCUUAAGGUGAUGUUACACGAGACGAUUCGCAACGACGAUUUUAAGCGCAACACAGCGUUGUAACAUUGUUGCGACAUUGGUUUGAAUGGUUACUACAUUGUCCCAACAUUGCAGCUCUGUGUUGCGCUAAAAAUCGUAGUUGCGAAUCGUCCCGUGUAACAUCACGUUUAGAAAGAUGUCUGUCCAAUAGAGAGUAAAAUAAAGAGAGUAAGGAAAGGGAGAGACAACCUUAGCAGUCCAUUUUACAGAGGUGUCCGUCUUAUAGAGGUGUCCGUCUUAUAGAGGUGUCCGUCUUACAGAGGUGUCCGUCUUAUAGAGGUGUCCGUCUUACAGAGGUGUCCGUCUUAUAGAGGUGUCCGUCUUACAGAGGUGUCCGUCUUAUGGAGGUGUCCGUUUUACGGAGGUGUUCGUCUUAUGGAGGUGUCCGUUUUACGGAGGUGUCCAUUAAGUUGACUGUAUCAGUAAAGAAGAUCUACACUACGUUUUAUGAAAUUUCUAAACGAAAAGUUGCCCUGAUCCAAGAACUCCCUUCUCUGCUGAGGCCUCAGCCUGUGUGCGGUAGGAGGAGGGGGCGGGGUUCUCAGGCUACAGAGUCCUCCACUGGUAUUCCAAAAAUAAAAUUGAAACUGAAAAGAUAUGGUAAGCGCACGGAGGUCGAUGGGAAGAAGGAAAGGCUGAGCGGAGGCCUAUUUCUUUCUCUUUUCCCUUCUGAUUGGCCCCAGCCCCUAUUGGCGCAAAGAGACCUCUGUAGAGGAUAUAGGCCCAAGAUGAAGGUGUGACUUUUAUAGCAUGCGCAUGCACGUUACUUGAGUCAAGAGUCAGGUUCACAAAUUAUCCUCUCUGGAGACCGUUUUCGAAAAGCCUUCAAAAGCGCCGUGGACGCCAGGCCAAAGCGGAGAAAAAAGUUGCGUUUUUGAAUUUAUGCGGGGUAAGUGUGCACAGGGUCUUAGUGAAAACUGUUCGCGCGUAGGGGAAAACCGUCCUACUGCUGCUUCUUCCUUACAUUUUUUUAAGACUCGAACAAUUUCAUUAGUUAGUUAGUUUUCUUUUUUUUGAAGGCUGUCAGAACUUAGUUUCCUGUCCUAUUACACAACGUAUCAAUGAAAACGUCUCCUGUACGGCUCGCAAAAGUGCCUUUGUUUAUCCAAGAAAAGGCUUUUUUUGUUUUUUGUUUUUUUUGCUUUUCAGGAGUUAACUCAGCCGUCCGUAUUGGAAUCCAAAAAAAUGAAGACGGCAGCUUCACAAACACGGAUGAAGCCUUUAAAACUCCACAU